GUUUUGUGUUUUCUAGUUUAUCCAUGCUUGUGGCAUCAAAUUAAAUAAGAGAGCGCACUAUAAAAUCGGGUCCACUUUCUCGCCAACAAGCAAAAAUUGGAGUGCCUUUUGUCCAACUUCUUGCUCAUAGCCUUCUGAUUCGUAAAACUUCAUGGAAGCUUAUUUUCACUGUUGUUUCAAGCUUUUGUUUCUCUUCAAUAUCAUUCAAUCAGCACUUUCAGAAAUCGUUUUUGAAGAAAGAUUUGAUGACGGAUGGAGAGACAGAUGGGUGUUGUCAGAUUGGAAGAGGAGUGAAGGCAAAGCUGGAACUUUCAAACACACCGCCGGAAGGUGGGGGGGUGACCCUGACGAUAAAGGUAUCCAAACAUACAAUGACGCGAAGCAUUUCGCCAUAUCUGCUAAGAUACCGGAGUUUAGCAACAAGAACAGAACCCUAGUCGUCCAGUAUUCAAUCAGAUUUGAACAAGACAUCGAAUGUGGUGGUGGAUAUAUUAAGUUGCUAUCUGCUUAUGUGAAUCAAAAGAAGUUUGGAGGUGAUACACCAUACAGUCUAAUGUUUGGACCAGAUCUAUGCGGCACACAGACAAAAAAGCUCCACGCCAUAGUAUCCUACCAGGGACAAAAUUAUCCCAUCAAAAAGGAUUUAGCUUGUGAGACAGACAAGCUAACUCAUUUUUACACCUUCAUUAUAAGGCCGGAUGCAACAUAUGCUAUCCUCGUUGAUAACCGUGAGAGAGAAUCUGGAAGCUUAUACACGGAUUGGGAUAUCCUACCACCUCGUAAAAUCAAAGACGUCCAUGCAAAAAAGCCUGCAGAUUGGGAUGACAAUGAGUUUAUUAAUGAUCCAAAUGAUGAAAAACCAGUUGAAUAUGAUAAAAUCCCAUCAGAAAUACCUGAUCCAAAAGCUAAACAGCCUGCUGAUUGGGAUGAUGAAGAGGACGGAACAUGGAAACCAUCCAAGGUGCCAAAUCCAGCAUAUAAAGGGCCUUGGAAGCACAAGAAAAUCAAGAAUCCUAACUACAAGGGUAAAUGGAGGACUCCUUGGAUUGAUAACCCAGAGUUUGAAGAUGAUCCUGAUCUCUAUGUAUUAAAGCCUGUAAAAUAUGUUGGCAUUGAAGUUUGGCAAGUAAAAGCUGGCUCGUUGUUCGAUAACGUUUUGAUAUGUGAUGAUCCACAGUAUGCCAAAGAAGUUGUUGAUGAGAUAUUCGCAAAAACUAGGGAGGCUGAAAAGGAGGCAUUUGAGGAGGCAGAGAAAGUGAGAAAAGUUCGAGAAGAGGAGGAAGCAAAGCGAGCAAGAGAAGAGGGUGAGAAGAGAAGAAAAGAGAGAGACCUUCGCUACAAGCGCCGGAGAAGGUAUGAUCGGCAUGAUUAUGUGGAUGACUAUCAUGAUGAAUUAUGAGUGCUUCAUCAAUUUGCAGAAACUUGUCCAUCAUUGCAGGAUUCUGAUUUAUUUUCUUCCUCCUAGAUGGGCAGUGUUAAUUGUUGUUGUAACAUCAAGAUGCCAUACAUGUGUCUCAUCAAUUUGCAGAAACUUGUCCAUCAUUACAAGAUUCUGUUUUAUUUUCUUCUUCCUUCUAAAUGGCAGUGUUAAUUAUUAUUGUUGUUGUUGUUCAAGAUGCCAUACAUGUGCUAGCACAGAAUAAUUUAUUUCUCCAAUCUCAGCAGCCCUAUGAAUGAAUGGUUAUGCAUUUGUGACGGUAAAUCACUC